CACAGUAAAGCAUGUGGGCGGACAGAGGACACACAAACACGCGCGCGGGAAGGAAGCUGUAGUCCUGCUGGUGUUUCUUCAAUAACUCGUUUAACUGGAUUUAAAUCAUAAUAAUAAGCCUGUAAGACAUCUUUGAACAAAUGUUCACGAGGAAACUGCUAACCCUGGUGCUGGUGGUGCAACCUGGCCGUGUUCUGCUCGGCAUGAAGAAGCGAGGCUUUGGAGCAGGGAAAUGGAACGGCUUUGGGGGAAAAGUUAAUCCCGGAGAGAGCAUAGAGCAAGCAGCGAGACGAGAGCUGCUGGAGGAAAGCGGCCUCACUACAAACACGCUGGAAAAGAUCGGAAACAUCACAUUUGAAUUUGUCGGAGAAACGGAACUGAUGGACGUGCACAUAUACCGAGCGGACGAAUACGAUGGCGAGCCAACAGAAUCAGAAGAAAUGCGGCCUCAGUGGUUUGAUAUCGACAAAAUCCCCUACGGCAAAAUGUGGGCAGAUGACAUCUUCUGGUUCCCACUGAUGCUGCAGAAGAAAAAGUUCUUGGGCUACUUUAAAUUCCAUGGCCAUGAUGUGAUCCUGGAGCAAAAGCUAAACGAGGUGCAACAGCUUUAAUUAGACUUUGAAAUCUCUGAUCUAUCAUGUUUUUCAAAUGGAGAGAAACGAGGUGAAUGCCCUGUGCACACUCCAGUUUAGGAAUGUGUGCAUCACCUGCUGGACCUGGUGACACAUGGAGUCUGCUCAGAUAUGAUAACAUCCUUAACCCUAACACAUGUGGUCACAAUUCCAAGUGACCACUUCUGAUCGGAUUUUACAAAUAAUGUUGUUAGGCUGUGAUCUGUUAUUGAUUAUCAUACAUUUUGCUCUUGUCUUUCUGCUAAAAACAGUUGAGCGCAUAGUGCACCUCUCAGGUGUAAGAACGGGACUUGUAUUCCAACCUAACCAGUGAGCAUAUUUCCACAAUAUGGACAAAAGUAUUAGAACGCCUGAACUUUAAAUUUUCAUACGUGCUUUUCCCCCCAAACUAUCACCACAAAAUUAGAGUCACACAAUUGUAUAGGAUCAAUGCAGUAGCAUUAUAUUUUCCCUGUACUUGAACUAGGAGUGCCAAACCUGUUCCAGCAUGACAAUGCCUCUGUGCACAAAGCAAACACCAUGAAGAUAUG